AUGCAUGUUCCUAUAUCUUUAGUAGUAGCCACUAUGGCUGGUACUGCUGCUGCUGUUCCUCGAUUUGCUAUAUACUAUGACCAGUGGCAUACAGUGUCACCAUCGAGGGAUAACACAGCGGGAAUCACUCACGUAUUUACUGCCUUCGCGGACCCCCUUCUAUUUACAACGAGCCCGGCUGGAACAUACACUCCUUUCGUAGACCCCAGCAGCCUGCGCGCGUCCUUUGAUCAGAGCACUAGGAUGUGCCUGGCUAUCGGUGGCUGGGGCUACACGGACGGCUUCUCCGCUGGUCAGAAAAGUGAAGAGACCAGGGCGCUGUUCGCCAAGAACGUUGCUGCAACUCUAGAUGUCCAUGGAUACGACUGUGUUGAUAUCGAUUGGGAAUAUCCCGGCGGAAACGGAAACGAUUACAAGGCAAAUCCUAACUCGAACAAGGUUGACGAGAUAGAUAAUUAUCCCUUACUCUUGAAAGCGAUCAAGGAUGCCAUCGGUGACAAGGAGCUCAGUAUUGCCGUACCUGGCCUGGAGAGGGAUUUUAUCGCUUUCACUGCUGAGAAGGUUCCCAUGAUCAACGAAGCUGUCGAUGUCGUGAAUCUUUUGACAUAUGAUUUGAUGAACAGGCGCGAUAACAUGACUCAGCACCACUCCUCCGUGAAAGGGUCGCUGAGCACCGUUGAGAAGUAUAUCGAGCUAGGCAUGAACCCAGCCAAAAUGAACCUGGGCAUUGCGUUCUACGCCAAAUACUUCGAGACCAACGAAGAAUGCACAGAACCGGUCGGCUGUGAGACUGUUCUCCUCGAAGAUGCCAACGGCCUGGAUACCGGCCGGUCUGGCGCCACGACGUUCCUAGAAGGUGUCCCAGUGCUUGCAAGCGGCCGGGCAGAUGAUAGUGAGGGUGGACAGUGGUACUGGGAUUCCGCAACACAUUACUUUUGGACCUGGGAUACACCUGAAUUCGUCGCCCAGAAGUUUGAACAGAUCGUCAAGGCAAAGGGACUGGGUGGUAUCAUGGGGUGGAGCCUAGGGGAGGAUUCGGCAGACCACACCUAUAUCAAGGCGAUGCAAGCCGGCUUGCAAACACUGUGA